CAUGUAUUCAGACCGUGAUUUGCUUGCUUUGCAAUAGCUUUAGGGAAUUCGUAUCAUUUAUGUGUGAAAGGGUAUGUGUUCUGUUAUCGAUGAAACUGAGAUGUUUGAUUAAUUGUUGUUUAUCUCAUGAAACUGAGAUGUCUGUUUACAUGUUUGCGAGGUUAUUAGGUGAGGUGAGGUUCGAUCACCAGGAUUGUAUUAGCAAGGAGAUCAAAGAGAAACAACCAUUUCCUCCACAGUUUAAGAUUACAAAUGGGUCUUGAUUACAGCUAUUCACAACCUUCACAGGAUGAGACGUUUGGUGGGGCUGAGACGGACAGUGAGUACAAUGAAGUGGAAGCUCUCAUUCAGCAAGACCAAGCUCAGUUACACGAAGCUCUCAUUCACCAACAGGAAGCUCUCAUUCAGCGUGACCAAGCCCAUGCGUUUGUGUACCCUCCGCAGCCGGAGGUUGAAUUCGGAUUUCCACAGAUAUGCUACUGUGGGAGUGAACCGAAGAUAGCAACGUCUAGCAUCGAACCAGGACGCAGAUACUACACAUGUAGAAAUGCAAACGAUGGAGAGUGUCAUGUGUGGAAAUGGUGGGACGAGGCUGUAAUGGAGGAGAUGCGAGCUAGGGAUAGACACACACAUCAGUUAGCCGAGAAGGUAGAUUCUAUGACAUUAUUCAAUGACCAGGCUACUGAGCAGAAGCUCGUUAGAUUAGAGAACAUGGUGUGUGAGUUGGCCAAGAAUAAAUCAAAGUGUAGCUUAGAUUACUUUGUUCCGGUUAUGGUUAUGGUCUUUAUUUUCAUAGGUCUCAUCAUCGUAUUUGUCUAAUGUGUUAUGGUUAUGGGGAACUUCUUUGUAAUGACUUCGGGUUUGUGAUGUUAUGGUUAUGGAAACUCCUAACUAAAACUUCUUUGUAAUGAACUUUUAGUAAUGACUUCUUUGUAAUGACUUCGGGUUGGUGAUGUUAUGGUUAUGGAAACUCCUAUGCACGUUUUAAAUUCAGAAGAAGUGAACCUAAAAAGUUGUUGAAAAUGUCAUGAGGCAAACACGUUGUGUAACUAAAAAGUAGUUGAAAUGUUCACAAGACAAACAAUGGACAAUCACAAGAUUGUAACUUCAUGAACCUAUAAAUGUGACGGAUAUUCUCGUUAAAAUUAUAACUUCUCUACUUCCUUCUUAUACUAAAAAGAAAAUUACAACUCCUCUGCUUCCUUCUUAUAUUAAAAACAUUGCCUUCUUUUUUGAUUCAAAAUGGCUUCUUCUUCACAUUAUCAUUAUAACCAAAAUGACGAUGAUGAUGAUCCAUUUGAAAAUAUUUUUGAAGCUUUCUUAGAAAUCCCAGAUAUUCUUCCCAAACCGAGAGAGCGAAAAACACGUAUCUUUAUUGAGAGAAACCGGGAAGAAGGCCAGGACCAGCUUUGGAAUGAUUAUUUUAGCGAGACUCCCACAUUCCCGCACAAUAUUUUUCGGAGACGGUUUCGAAUGAACAAGACAUUGUUCUUGCGUAUUGUGCAUCGUCUCGAGCAAGAAGUGGAUUAUUUUAAACCUUCAGAAGAUGCAACCGGUCGGUCUAGCCUAACCGCGCUCCAAAAAUGUACCGCAGCUAUUCGUCAGUUGGCGUAUGGUGGUGGGGCUGACACCGUUGACGAAUAUGUCCGACUAGGUGAAACCACAGCUAGAAAAUGUUUGCACCAUUUUACCAACGCGAUCAUCCACUUGUUUGGUGAUGAAUACCUUAGAUCUCCUACUCCGGAGGAUCUGCAAAGACUACUUUAUAUUGGGGAACAACGUGGAUUUCCGGGAAUGGUUGGAAGCAUCGACUGUAUGCAUUGGGAGUGGAAGAAUUGCCCUGCCGCUUGGAAAGGAAUGUAUUCACGAGGAACCGGAAAACCGACAAUUGUGCUGGAGGCGGUUGCUGACUACGACCUUUGGAUAUGACACGCGUUUUUUGGAGCACCAGGUACUAUGAACGAUCUUAAUAUUCUUGAUCGAUCACCUGUUUUUGAUGACGUUAUUAACGGAAUAGCACCACAAGUCAACUUCUAUGUUAAUGGUCAUCCAUACCAUUUGGCCUAUUAUCUCACUGAUGGGAUUUAUCCUGACUGGGCGACUUUUAUUCAAUCUAUCCGUCUACCACAAAGUGACAAACAUUCAUUAUUUGCUAAAACCCAAGAAGCUGUAAGGAAAGAUGUGGAACGUGCCUUUGGAGUCCUGCAAGCUAGAUUUGCAUUCGUCAGAAAUCCAUCUAAUUUAUGGGAUAAACACAAAAUAGGAAAUAUUAUGAGAGCAUGUAUCAUCCUCCAUAAUAUGAUUGUCGAGGAUGAACGGGCAGAAAGGACACAAUAUGUGGUUCCUGGAUAUGAAGAAAGUGAAGAGGAAAGAUUUUCCGUCAAUAUGCCUUCGCCACUCGGUAAUACAAUGGAUCGUCGAACAAACGUUCGCAAUAGACAAGCCCAUCAUAAUUUAAAAAAUGAUUUGAUUGAAAAUAUUUGGACUAAAUUUGGGCAUCUUCCAAAUAACAUGUAAUUUUUAAGUUUUUGAAUUUAAUAAAAUGUUUGUUGUAAUUUUUUUUUAAUUUAAUGUUAAACUUCUCUUUUAUGUUUUAUUUAAAAUGUAUCUUUUAUAUCUAAUCACACAUUAAAAUAAAUAAUAUAAAAUAUGCUAAGGACUUUUUUUGUCCUACCAAUAAUCAACAAAAUUAAAAAAGUCCUUAUGCAUUUGUCCCUAACUAAAAAAUAAUACUAUUUUAUUCUAAGGACAAAAUUAAGUAGAACCAAUAAUGUUG